AUGGAAACAUCCCCUGCAUACAUUUAUGAAUCCGGUUCCAAUAACAGAAGAAUGCCCACAUUGCUUCUAAUAAUCAAUAUUAAAAUGAAUUCAAAAAUUCGCAUUUUAAACACAGAUAGUCCGCGGACUAUACGCGCGAAAUUACGGUUUCUUCUUAAGAACCAUGUCCGAGAACUUGAUCUGGACUUUGUUUCUGCAAAAGAUCAACAGAAAGUAUCCCAUGAGCAUGAGACAUCAGAUGAGCCACCUAGAAAAAAACUGAAAGGGAAGUUAAAAGGACAAAAUAAACAUCGACCACGGAAUGAGAAAACUGCCAAAUGUGAAAAACUUUGUUUUAAAAUGGCAGCUGAUGGUGUUUGUCCAUAUGGAAACAAUUGUUGUUAUAGUCAUGAUGUGAGCACAUACUUGGAAAAAAAGCCACCAGAUAUAGGAUCAUAUUGUUAUUUGUACAGAACCUUUGGGAAAUGUCCAUAUAGCUUUUGUUGCCGCUUUGCAUCGGAUCAUUUAAAAGAAAGUAAAAAUGUAGUUAUAGAAGAUUUGUGGGAAGUCUCAAAAGAUAGAAAACUCACUACUAACUUUUUAAGUAAAGACUUGCAGAAAUUAUUAAGACGUCGCCUUUAUAAUUUUGAAAAAACUAACAAAUUGCUAAAAGAAUAUUUUAUACUUUUAAAUGAAAAGAAGUGUGAAGGGAACAGUGAUUCAUCUAAUUACAAAUGUACUGAACUGUUAAAAGAUACAGAUGUUACGCUUAGUGAAAAUAAAGCAUCUGCUACUGAAGCAAAUAGAAUUUCUGAUAAUGAACAUAUUGCAGAUUGCAGUGAAUUAACAACAAAUGUCAGUUCACAGCAAGUGAUUUUUUGUGAAGAUGAUUCUCCAGAUAAAAUCUUGAAGCCUACUAAUUCUGUGAAACUCACUAAAGAUAUGGUUUAUGAUGGUGCAAUGAUGCCAGAAAAGAAACAGGUUGAUUUCAGCAAUAAACUUUAUCUGGCACCACUUACAACAGUUGGUAAUUUACCAUUUAGGCGAAUAUGUAAAGAAUUUGGUGCAGAUAUCACGUGCUCAGAGAUGACUUUAGCAUUAAGUCUUCUGCAAGGGCAGCUGUCAGAAUGGGCUUUAUUAAGAAGACAUCAUACAGAACAUGUUUUUGGUAUUCAGUUGUGUGGAGCUCAUCCAGAUAUCAUGGCCCGUUGUGCCCAGUUGCUUUCUGAAAAUGCAUCUUUUGAUUUCAUUGAUUUGAAUUUAGGCUGUCCUCUGGAUGCAAUAUAUAAAAAAGGUGCUGGUUGUGGUCUUAUGAACAGAAUGAAAAAACUGGAAGGUAUAAUUUAUAGUGUUUCAUCUGUGAUUAAUGUGCCUUUAACAAUAAAGAUGAGGACUGGUAUAUAUGGGAAUGACAGUAUAGCUGAGAGUGUGAUUAAAAGAAUUCAAAAGUGGAAGAAUCGUGUAUCACUUAUAACACUUCAUGGGCGUUCUCGAGAGCAAAGGUAUACUAAAUCAGCUGACUGGGAUUAUAUCAACUACUGCAAUACUAUUGCUAAACCUAUUCCUUUAUUUGGGAAUGGAGAUAUAUUAUCUUAUGAAGAUUAUAAUGCAAGAAAGGCAGAAAGUGGUGUGUCAGGUAUCAUGAUUGCUAGAGGAGCUCUUAUUAAACCCUGGAUUUUCAAGGAAAUAAAAGAGCAAAUGCAUUGGGAUAUAUCAUCAUCUGAAAGAUUUGAUAUAUUGAAAAGUUACACUAAUUAUGGCUUAGAACACUGGGGAUCUGAUACUGACGUAUGUAAAAAAAUAUUUUAA